GUUUGCCUCAAUGACUUUCCUACCACCUUUUAUCCCAUCCAUGAGCAGAUCUCAAAGACUGUAGAGGUCAGUAAGACAGGGUGGUAGGGGUUACGGAAUCAUAGAAAAUCAUAGAUAGGUAGAACGAUGAUUCAGCUGCUUUAUUCUAUUUGUUCAGACCACUCAUCCAUUCGCUUACUCAUUCAUUGUGUCGUGUCCCAUACGGUCUGGUAAAAAAAGGACUCACCUUAUUUUCCUGUCAAUUUUUCAAACAAAAGUUUACGAUCUGGAAUUUGAGAUCCUACUUUAUUCAACUAGUAAACUAGAUUUUUAAGUGAACAGUGGAUAUAUUUAUUUCGAAUGACUUCUGAUUCAUUAAGAAGGAAUCCCUUAAGCGAAAAACAAUACCAAAUUAAUGGAGAUGGUGGUGUCGUUUGCCGUGGACUAAAAUUUGACGAUGUUCAUUAUUCCAGUUUUGAGAAUCCAUUAAAGAGAGAGUUUUCUCCUAAUUCUACCGAAGUACAGAAAGAUCACUGUACAACCGACUCAGCUUAUUCUCUUGCAAAUGGUGCUACUUGUCUAAUUCAAUCAACAUCACCUACAUCAAUAUUUCUACCUUUAAAUCAAACUAAUUCGAAUAUGUCAAAUAUAUAUGGUGGAGGUUUUCGUUACCAUGUUCGUCGACCUGUGGAAUCAUGGAAAUUUUUUGAGACAAAUAAAAGUGAUGGUUCCAAAGUCUAUCUAUGUAGGCUAUGUGGUUCUAGUUAUAAACACAAAAAAUCACUAAAUAAACAUUGGAAAGAUAAACAUUUUACAGAAUUGAGUAAUGCUGAAGGAAACUGUCUAGCUGAUGGUGAAUUGGAUGAAGGUGAUGAUGGAGAUGGAGAGGAUUCCGAAGGUGAUGGGAAGCCAUUGAACAACAGUUAUAAUACUCCACUUUCAUCUAUCGAGAAUGCAAAUUUAAAUAAGCUGAAUAAUAAAUAUUUAGAAGGAAGAGAGAAUUAUUCAUAUAAAAGUCCUGAUUCAGUGGGACGAACUUAUAGUAUGAGGACUGAGAAUUCUGAAAAUUGUCCGCCUGAUCUAAAUCACCUAAUGUCCCGCACGAUGGGUAGUGGACAGAAUGGAAAUGAUCUGAAAAAUGAUAUCGUUGUUAGUAGGUCCAAUAUGAUCACAGAGAUACAUAAAUCAGUACCAGGAGAUCAUUCAGAUCGAUUUGUUGUUGGUCGUAAGCGUUUGUCAUCUGUACCUUAUUCUUCCCCAGUCGUUCAACCAAAGGUGCAUAGUCGAGUUUCUGAAUAUGGAGUGAAACGUGUUCGGUCGCCAAACACUGAUUAUACAAAUCUGGGUAGCAAACGGAGACACAGUGUGAUUUCGCGCGGGAGAGAAGAGUGUGUUGUUGACGUGAGAGAUAAAAUUUCUGAGUCAUCAUGUUGUUCAAACAGGAACACUCCAGAUGGUGAGAUUAUAUCGAGUUGUGCAACAAGUCGGUUAGGUGUGAAUCCUGUAGAUCGACACGUAAGUGAAAUUACUUUAGAUGAAGUGGAACCACUUGAUUUAUCAGUUGUAAGGGUAAUAGAAACUGAAGUUGACUGCGGACGACCGUUAAGCGGAACCAGUGUUAGCCCUAGUAGCACAGUGGAUUUGGUCAAGACUGAUGCUUUUAAUGUAAAUGAUUCAGUGAAGGUACAACAAGAGGAUUUAGUCUCAGUAACGCCAACUUCCAUUUCAGUGGACAAUGGUGGUAAGAAACAGAGAAGAGAAAAUCGCGUCAGUCGUGCUCUGCUGAUUGGAUUGUUGCAAACAGCACUGAGUACUCUGGAGAAUGAAGUUGACGACAAAAUGAGUGAAUCGUAUGAGUUAUCUGCUACAUCGGCUAGUUUGCUGUUAGCUGUUGGUAGUCUGUUAGUUACUUUAUGUGAGAAGAAGUCUGGUGUUUGUUCUGUUGCUGCUCCCAUCGAAACAUGUAUUAGUAAGAAGAGUGUAGAUGAAGCGACUGAAGGUAGAUCGCAUUCGGGUUUUGAUGGUACUGUUUUGUUGACAACAGGUAGUGAGAAGUUGGUUAGCAAUUUUAGGGAUUGUUUUCAGAUGUCAUCUGAGACAUUUCCUCGCCUUGUUGCUGAUCAAUCGCAUUCACCAGAUGGUUGUACUUCUAGACCACUUGAAACGCGGAAGUUUGUUGGGAAAGUGGAAGACAGUUGUGUGGAUCGUAUAGUAGAAAGUAGGAAGGAUAGAGGUUCACUUUCAACACAUGAGUAUGGUGGUAUUAAUGAGAAUGAGAUUUCAUUUGAAGCUCUGGAUAAUGGACCACCAUUAACAGGUGUGGAAGGUAUGAAGAAAUGUGAUGGGUCGGAGCCAGUGAUUAUUUGUCCUGUUUGCAAAUUUGGUGCACGUUGGUUCAGUGAAUUGCGUGCUCAUAUGGUGAACCAUUCUGAGCAUAGAAUGUUUGGUUGUUGUUAUUGUCAUUAUCGGGCGAAGUGGAAGUGGGAUGUCGCAAAACAUAUGCGUCGAUGUCCAUUGGGUCGUCAUGUUUCUCACUUACAGAAUGAAGCAUUAUUGCGUAUUGUUAGAUAUUAUCCACCUCCAGAAGAUGAUAUUUUGUAUAGUUAUUUUCCGCAGAAUGGUUUUCCAGGUGUUGGAGUUGAUCAUCCUCCAACACCACCGAUAAAUUCAGUGAAACGUAAUGGUUAUGAACGAGUUCGUGUAUACGAUUGUGAAAGUAAAGAUUGUUCAUUAUUUUCGGGUCAUUUGUGUGAUGAGAGUGAGGUGGAAGGUAUGGUUAGAGGGUUAGUUUGUGAGAAAAAAGUAGAAAGUGGGAAUAGUGGUAUGUCGACAUCGGUAUCCAGUGCUAACAGUGUACAUCAAUGUUAUACACUUGAAGGAGAUGUAGUUAAAGAUGUUGGUGACUGUGAAGAAAAUGAAUCUGGUGGUUUGGUAAUAGUAGAUGAUAGUGAAGAGGUAGAGAAGAUAUCUGAAGUCAGUGGUGAUGCAGCAAGUACAAAUGGGGCGAAAGAGCGUAUUUGUUCAACCAGUGACCAGUGUAGUCGACAAAACGAAGAUGAGGAUACUAAUAAAUCUGAUCUAAUAUGUCGAGUACGAAAAUGUCCAUUAUGUGAAUUUCAUUCUACAGACACUAUUGAAUUUCAGACUCAUUGGAAUUCACAUUGUCCAUAUACAAAUGAAACAGCGAACUUAACUAGAAGUUGACAUUGUAUUAAAAACAAAAAAAAACAAUUAUUUACUUUAAAACUUUCACCUUUCACUAUUUCGUUAAUUUGAAACUGACAAUUCAGAUGUAUAUAUAAAUAUAGAUUCCUUUAUUAUUGAUUUAAAUUCUUUACUGGUAUUUUUAUAUGGAUUAACAGUCAAGUCAUUGUAUCAUUCAAAUCCCCCUAUAUAUUUCUAAUUUACUCUAGUUUGUGUAUAUACGUUUUAUGAAAGUUUGUAACUUCAUUCUAGUGUUGUCGUUUUUUUAUUGAUUUUUUUGUUUGUACAUGUACUGAAUUAUUGGAAAGAAAAAUUCUUGAAAAUAAAAUUUAUUUUUCAUUCUUCAUAAUUCACAUUUGUGAAAUAUGUCAUUUUGUUUUAUAUUUAUGAUUAGCCAUUAAUAUUGAAGAUCUGUUGGAUAUGGUCGGUUAUUUUUUGUUGUUGAAAGGAAUCAGUAAAUAAACAUAGUUAAGUAGAAA